GGCGACAGGCUAAUUAUGACGCGACCCGACGUCAGCCGGAAGUGCGUGGAGCAGUUCCGGGGAACGCGGCCUCCGCGCUUCCGGUAUCCUGAGCUUCCAAGUUUGAGUACUGCUGCUGGGCGCUGUAGUUGUCCCACCGCCGCUGGGAUCAUGGUGUUCUACUUCACCAGUAGUAGCGUUAACUCGUCUGCUUACACUAUUUACAUGGGAAAGGAUAAAUAUGAAAAUGAAGAUCUGAUCAAGUAUGGCUGGCCUGAAGAUAUUUGGUUUCAUGUGGACAAACUCUCUUCGGCUCAUGUGUACCUUCGAUUGCAUAAGGGAGAGAAAAUAGAAGAUAUUCCAAAGGAGGUGCUGAUGGACUGUGCCCAUCUUGUGAAGGCCAAUAGCAUUCAAGGCUGCAAGAUGAACAAUGUGAACGUGGUGUACACCCCGUGGUCAAACCUGAAGAAGACGGCCGACAUGGACGUGGGCCAGAUUGGCUUUCACAGGCAGAAGGAUGUGAAAAUUGUGACAGUAGAGAAGAAAGUGAAUGAGAUCCUGAACCGAUUAGAAAAGACCAAAAUGGAGCGGUUCCCAGACCUAGAGGCAGAGAAGGAAUGCAGAGACCAUGAGGAGAGAAAUGAGAAGAAAGCCCAGAUUCAGGAAAUGAAAAGGAGAGAAAAGGAAGAGAUGAAAAAGAAGAGGGAGAUGGACGAACUUAGGAGCUAUUCAUCACUAAUGAAAGUUGAGAAUAUGUCUUCAAAUCAGUGGAUGACGAGAAACCUGUUUUGCUCCACUGAAAAGCAUGUUGACUCUUGUUUAGUCACUAAAUUGUGUCUGACUCCUUUGUGACCCCAUGGACUGUAGCCCACCAGGCUCCUCUGCCUAGGGGAUUUCCUAGGUAAGAAUGCUGGAGUAGGUAGCCAUUCCCUUCUCCAGGGAAUCUUCCCCAAAAAUAUUUUGACUCUUAAAGGGAAUCUAAAAUACAGAAAUUGUCCAAGUCAAGUCUUGGAUUGCAGCUAUAUAUUUAAAAGUUACUGUAAUCCCCCAAAAACACAGAUCCCCUGACACACGGGAACUCCGCAGAUCUAACUCAUAGGUUUUAUCGGGAGUAAUUCACUUUGAUUGGCACCAAGCCACAUUAUCUUAGUAAGUUUUGGAGACACAAACAUCCUCAGAUCAUCCUUGGAUUUCAAGCUGACCUCUGAAAAUAUAGGAUGACUCUUUCAACAUCUCUGAUACUAUUAUUUCAGUGUAGAACUCUUGGGCAGUCAGAGUUUGUGUGCGUGGAUAGACUAUAAACAGUAGUUUGCAUUUUGUAUAAUUAUCCAAAGCAUUUUCACUGUGGCCUGAAUUCCUUGUGCUAAUUGAAGCGGGCACAGAGAAGCCUGCUGAAUGGAAAUCAAGCCAGACUUCCCAGAAACCACUGUUUUCUACCUUUUCCCCUGUUUCCCUGCCCAUCUUUAACACAAGCUAUUAAGGAGAAAAGCAUGUUGCGUACCUGUAAGCCUAAAUCCUCUCCAUCUCUAUCAAGGCAGGUAUAAAGCAUGGGAAAGAGAGAGAAGCCAAAACAAUGUUGUGUUCAGGUUACGACAUUUUCACGCAAAUGUACCACAACUCAACAGUAUUGAUGAAUGUUGGCGUCCAGAGCAGUUGUCUUAGGGUUUGCAGUAGCUCAGAAAGCAACUUCACAGUGAAAGUCGCUCAGCUGUGUCCAACUCUUUGCAAUGCUCUGGACUUGAAGGAGCUGUUAGGCUCCUCUGUCCAUGGAAUUCCCCAGGCGAGAAUACUGGAGUGGGUUGCCAUUCCCUUCUCCAAGGUAUCUUCCUGACUCAGGGAUCGAACCCGGGCCUCCUGUGUUAAUUGCAGGCAGAUUCUUUCCUGUCUGAGCCGCCAGGGAAGCCCAGAAAGGAGCUCCGGGGUUCGCUUUUGUGCUUGGUCUCCAGGGCUUGUCUAUACACAAUAAAAUCAGUCCUUACACAGGUACCACUGCCAUGUGAGGAUUUUUUUUUAACAAAAACUUGGCAAGCCAGCUAACUUGGUAACUAGCCUGUAGCUUCUGGAUGACUGUUUCUAUUAAAAAAAAAAGAGAGAUGCCACCUUGUGAAAUAACAAAUACAUGAUACCCUGAGGCCCAAAAUAAUGGAAUUUAGAUGAAACAUUUUUGCAUACUUAUAGCUUUGUUGGCAUUAAAACAUCGAGGCAGUAUUUGUUUUGUUUCAUAUUGUGGCCUGUUUGUUGAAGGAGGAGUCAUGUUUUCUGCACCCUAUAGUAAGUCGUUGGGCCUCACUUCACAGUCUGGGACCCAUUGGUCUCUCAUUGCCGGGCAACCCAGGCCAUGUAGUGAUGACACCUUAGAGAACACAGCUGCUCUUGUCGCUGUUCUAAACAACUAACAAUUUAAGAUAGAGAAGAAAUGACUGAAUUUAAUUAUUUUAUUUUUUAAUUGAAUUCUAUAGUUCAUCAUAAGGAAGCUUGUUACUUAAUACUCUAAAGUUUUUAAAUUGAAUUACUUAUUUUGAAGGCUUUUAUGGUUUCACUGUUUUGUCUCUUACAGGAUGGCAAUGAUUCAGAUGAAUUCAUGUGAAUGGA